GAGGUACCGCGUAAGGGGGGCGGGGCUCUGCUCAAACAGGAAGUAUGACGUAACCUUUAUUUUGGUGAAGAAAAACAUAUACGAAGCCGAGGCAGAGGUGACGGAGAACAAAAAUGGAGCAAACCGUUGAGGAUUACAAGCUGAUAUUUGAGAAGGAGGGCGUUUACCUCCACACAAAUGCCAAGAGGAGUAACCAGGACACGACCAUCCCGGGGUUCAUCCGCAUUGUGGAGCGGGCCGGCGUGCCAGCUUUAGAGUGGAGCCCGCUGGAGGAUGAAGGCCGCAGUGCCCCGGCUGUACUCUACACCAAAAAGGACGGAGAAGGAGGAGAGGAGGAUACGAACUUUGACCCCGGCUAUGAGCCGGACUGGGCCGUUAUCAGCACAGUGAAGAGAGACCGAGAGCAAGUCCCCGUCAAAGACUCAGGUCUGUGGUCGUUCUCGCUGCCUCUCUCGGAGUUGUACUCCCUUCGGAGGGCUCGGUUCUCUCUGGGGCGAAACUUCCUGGUGCUGACGAGUCGAGGGGGCCACCCGCUGCCUCCCCUGCACUUCCACCGAGGAGGCACCCGGGAGCUGUUUCGGGCCCUGCAGCGUUACAUCAUGCUGGACCAGUCGCCGGUUGACGGGCGGCUCUUCCUCGCCUACCCUCACGACUCGGGCGCUCUCUCUCAGUCCUUCGAAAAGCUGCAACUGUUCGACGACGGAGGCUCCGAUCUUGUUUCGAGAUUCAUCCAGGACCCGUACGCCACCACGUUCGGGGGAUUCUCCAAAGUUACCAAUUUCUUCAAAGCGGCCCUGAAACCUCCGGGGUCCCCCGCCCACUUCCGUACUGCCCAGGAUCCGAGUUUGCCCCACCAGUCCGACGAAGAGCCCGGCUUCGAACUCAUCAACUGCGGCGUAGAGCUCGGCCCCAGACCGGACGUGACCAGAGGGCAGCCUCUGAACAAAUGGGACGAAUUCCUGGACCCGGAGGGGCGAGUGAAGUACCCGGAGAAGAUCAAAGAGCUCGUAUUCAGAGGGGGUGUCACUCCGUUCCUGCGGAAGGAGGUAUGGAAGUUCCUCCUGGGCUUUUAUCCGUGGAACAGCACCGCCAAGGAAAGGGAGGACAUCCUGCGGCUCAAGACGGACGAGUACUUCAGAAUGAAGGUGCAGUGGAAGUCGGUUGGUGAAGAGCAGGAGAUGAGGAACUCCCUCCUCAGGGGAUACAGGAGCCUGAUAGAGAGAGACGUCAGCAGGACAGACAGACACAACACCUUCUUCUCUGGGAACGACAAUCCAGGACUGACUCUGCUGCACGAUGUGCUGAUGACGUACUGCAUGUACAACUUUGAUCUUGGUUACGUCCAGGGGAUGAGCGACCUCCUGUCUCCUCUCCUCUUCGUCACCCAGAACGAGGUGGAGUCCUUCUGGUGUCUGACGGGCUUCAUGGAGCUGGUGCACCAGAACUUUGAAGAGUCUCAGGAGGCCAUGAAGAAGCAGCUCCUUCAGCUCAGCAUCCUGCUGAAGGCUCUGGACCCGGAGCUGUGCGACUUCCUGGACUCUCAGGACAGCGGCUCUCUGUGCUUCUGUUUCCGCUGGCUGCUCAUCUGGUUCAAGAGAGAGUUUUCCUUCGAGGACAUCCUCACCAUGUGGGAGGUCAUCUGGUCUGGUCUGCCGUGCGACAACUUCCACCUGCUGAUCGCCUGUUCGAUCCUGGUGUCCCAGAGAGGCGAGCUGAUCGGCUCGGACCACGACUUCAACACCAUUCUGAAGCACAUCAACGAGCUCACCAUGAAGCUGGACCUGCAGACCGUUCUGCGAGGAGCCGAGGCCAUCUUCCUGCAGCUGACUCAGUGCAAGGAACUUCCCCUGAAGGUGCAGCAGGUCCUGGGUCUCUACGUCCCGUCCAGCUCCGAGGAGGACAGCCCGGACUCCCAGGCCAGCGAGACGCGACGCCUCCUCGGCGAGUCCCCGGCCGGAGCCUCUUCUUCUUCUUCUUCUUCUUCUCCUCACGCGGCGCGCGUCCCCACCUAUCCUUAAAAUCUGCAGGUCAGCCGGGGGAACUGAAAUACAUGGACGAUCUUUAUAUGAAAAUAAACUCUAUAUCUAUAUAUAUAUAUAUAUAUGUGUAUAGACUGUAUAUGAUGGAAUGAAGAAUGUUGUUACCAUUUGUCGGAGGCAGGGGGCGUUGUUGAGGCGCUUUUGAUUUAUGAACGUAACGAUCCAAGAUGUUCUAGAAGCACUAUCCUCCUUUUCUUUCUGUGUGUGUUGUCGUCCUCCUUUUCCAUCACAGCCUGUCUCCUCCUCCUCCUCCUCCUCCUCCUCCUCACACGUUAUAUUUAACAUCCCUGCCUGUCACAUGUGAUGCAGUGUGCCAUCAGUUUUUGUUUGUGUCCGCCUCGCCACCGUUCCUUCGACGGGUGAAGAAGAUGAAGGAAAACCUUGUUAGUGUGACGCCAUCCCAGCUCUGUGCACAGCUGAAUGCAUGCCUUAUAGUUUUCGCGCGUGUGUGUGUGUGUUUUUAAUCCUUGUAAUUAUCUACAUGAUGUCAUAAUGUUUUCAUCCGCUGAUUCUUUCCAAAUAAAUGGUUGAAUUUGAAGAA